AUGGCGAACAACUUCGAGGAAAUCGCAAAGCAGUUCAUCGAGUUCUACUACAACCAGUUCGACUCGGACCGCAAGGGACUUGCCAGCCUCUACCGGGAGCACUCUAUGCUGACUUUCGAGUCUGCUUCUUCCCUUGGUGUCAACUCCAUCGUUGAGAAGCUCACCUCCCUCCCCUUCGAGAAGGUCAAGCACCAGGUCACCACCCUCGACGCCCAGCCCACCGCCGAUGGCGGCAUUAUCAUCCUCGUCACUGGCCAGCUUCUGGUCGAUGAGGAGCAGCGCCCCAUGAACUACACUCAGGCUUUCCAGCUUCUGCGUGAUCCCGCCUCUGGCAGUUACUUCGUCUACAACGACAUUUUCAAGCUUGUGUACGGUGCAUAA